AGCUGGUCUGGCAGCAGUUCCCCAGGAAUACGAGAGAGCAUAUCGGGUUAUUUGCUGCACUCUGCUUCUCUGCAGGAAUGGAACCGCUUCAGUUUGUGGACUUGUUUGACGUUUACGGUUUCUGUCGGUGUCAACUGCAAGGUGUUACCGUUUAAGGGCAAUUACGUUUAGAUUAUAGUAGAUGCUAAUCUAGAAUCUAAAUACAAGUGUAUCUUAUUGUUUUUCGUUGCAAAAAGACGCGCGGCAUCGGGAUCGAACAGGAUCGAAUGUGAUAGCCUGGGCUACGUGUAGACUAGUAACUUUCCCCAGAUAUAACACGUCCUCGACCGAUCUACUGCCUUCGCACCCGCUGCUACGAUGAUGUAUCAAGCUUUAAGGACGCUUUUUCUAUCUGACUCUCGCUGCUGGGAUGCGGACGGCGAAAGGUCGUACCAGGACCUAUUCGAGAAACUGGACACCAACAAGGACGGGAAGGUGGAUGUUGCAGAGUUGAGAGCGGGCCUCAAAGCUAUGGGCAUUUUCAGACAAGGUGCGGCGCAGAAGAUCGUGUUGUCGGGGGACCAGAACCGAGACGGCACGCUGGACUUCUCUGAGUUCAGCAGGUACCUGAAGGAGCACGAGAAGAAGCUGCGUCUGACGUUCAAGAGCCUGGACAAGAACAACGACGGCCAGAUCGACGCGUCAGAGAUCCAGCUGGCCCUGGCAGAGCUGGGCAUGGACGUCAGCAGAGAGGACGCUCACAAGAUCUUACACAGCAUGGACGUUGACGGCACCAUGAUGGUGGACUGGAAUGAGUGGAGGGAACACUUCCUGUUCAACCCGGCGCACAACCUGGAAGAGAUCAUACGCUUCUGGAAACACUCCUCGGUGCUGGACAUCGGCGACAGCCUCGCCAUCCCAGACGAGUUCACAGAGGAGGAGAAGAUCACCGGGGGUUGGUGGAGGCAGCUGGUUGCCGGGGCGAUGGCGGGGGCGGUCUCUCGCACCGGCACCGCCCCCCUGGACAGGAUCAAAGUGUUCAUGCAGGUCCACUCCUCCAAAUCCAACAAGAUCAGUGUGACCGGGGGGCUCAAGCGGAUGGUUGCUGAGGGAGGGUUGGCGUCGCUAUGGCGAGGAAACGGGGUCAACGUGCUGAAGAUUGCCCCGGAAACGUCCAUCAAGUUUGCGGCCUACGAACAGUAUAAGAAGCUGCUGGCGUCAGAGGGAGAGAAGGUUCAGACUCACCAGAGGUUCUUGGCUGGGUCUCUGGCUGGAGCCACAGCCCAGACUGCCAUCUACCCCAUGGAGGUUAUGAAGACCAGACUGACGCUGGGGAAAACGGGUCAGUAUUCUGGAAUGUCGGACUGCGCCAGGAAGAUUCUGAGGAAGGAAGGCGUGAAAGCGUUCUACAAAGGCUACAUCCCCAACAUUCUGGGCAUCAUCCCCUACGCCGGCAUCGACCUGGCCGUCUACGAGAGCCUGAAGAACGCCUGGUUGUCUUGCUACGCCCGGGACUCGGCCAACCCAGGCAUCCUGGUCCUGGUGGCCUGCGGCACCAUCUCCAGCACGUGCGGCCAGCUGGCCAGCUACCCGCUAGCCCUGCUCCGCACACGCAUGCAGGCCCAAGCGUCUCUGGAUGCGUCUGACCAGCCGUCCAUGACAGGGCUGGUGAAGAGGAUUGUGAAUCAAGAGGGCUUUUUCGGGCUCUACCGAGGCAUCCUGCCUAACUUCAUGAAGGUCAUCCCUGCUGUCAGCAUCAGCUACGUGGUCUACGAGUACAUGAAGACCGGCCUGGGCAUCUGACCGGCCUGGGCAUCUGACCGGCCUGGGCAUCUGACCGGCCUGGCAUCUGACCGGCUGGCUGGCUGACUAGAAGUCUGUUUGGCUGGCUGACUGGUUGGUUGGCUGGGUGACUGGCUAGGUGUCUGACUGACUGAAAGACUGACAUCUGGAAUGACAGGUUAAGGAUUGUACUGCCCUACAAACACACACACACACACAUUGUAGAGUAUACCAACUGUUUACAAACUGUGUUUACAUCCAUGACAUACUCCAAAUCUCAAACCAUGAUUACAUGAUUACAUCCAUGUCUACAGAAUGGGCCGCUUCCUCUUUCAGAAGACCAACCUACCAAUCUAUUAUUCAAUCAAUCAAUCAAUCAAUCCCUUCAAUAAAUCAAUACGUCUUCCCUGUGAGAACCCAGGUGUUUUGAACUGAACAUGAAAGAACUGCAUUAUGGAGCCAAUAUGUAAUUGCACAGCUGUAACAGCCAUACCUGUUGGACAUUUGUGAUAUUAUUUUUGUUGUUAUUUGGGCUAUCGUGCCUUAGCCUCAGUUGUGAUUUUUUGGGGUGGUUUUCAUCAGGUCUUAAAUGAUGUUGUUUCUACAUUCUGUUUACAGCUGAGUAGGCCUAUUGUCCUUUUACACUGGAGUUUUCAUGGUUACACAUUUGGAUUUAUAACUUAUUGAAACAGUAUGUUUUUUGUAUGUGUUGAAUGGCAUUUUCCAUCUCUGCUAUACUGUUUACUGUGCAUGUACAGUCGACCACUGUAUGUUUAGACCUAUGGGAUAGACCUCCUGGCAUCUUAAACCGACUUAUGAACGUGCAGCUGACCGGAAGUACUUAAAGAAUGCUUUGUUCUGGACAUUUGGAAGAAUGUUUAUUUUGUUUGUUAUCAUAUCGAGCCAUGCAUUGGUUUAUUUGUAUGCGUAUAAAACCUAUGUAACCUAGCAAUUAAUGCUAAUAAUUUUAGCCGUGAUAUGACGUUGCCUUGAACGCACAGUACUAUGCUUGAAGGAUCGUUUGCUACGCAAGGUGAAUGUCACGAGUUGUGUGUCUGUUCGCAUGUCUCCAUCUUGUGUCCGUAGAAGGUAGUGCCUUGGUAUGUUGAAAACACUGUAGGAGUUGGCUGUAUGUCGCAUGUUGUGAUGCCAAUUCAUGAGAAUGAAAAGUUAAUACCAAAAUGACAGCUGCUUAUUGCGGCAAUAUAUAUAUUCUCCUCCCCACCCCCCAUCGGCAUAACAGUGGAAAGACAUCACAUGUCUGCUGAUGACACGACCGCGGGGGAGCAUGUUGGGGCCGAGGACCGACCCUUGCGGAACACCUUGCGGACAGUGAACUUACCUGCAGCAGAGAUAUUUACAUUUAGUCAUUUAGCAGACGCUCUUUCUUAUCCAGAGCGACUUACAGUAAGUACAGGGACAUUCUCCCCGAGGCAAGUAGGGUGAAGUGCCUUGCCCAAGCACACAACGUCAUUUGACACGCCUGGGAAUCGAACCAACAACCUUCUGAUUAUUAGCCAGACUCCCUCACCGCUCAGCCAUCUGACCAUCUAGGUGUACUUGGACCAUUAUGAAAACAGUAUCUUGUUCUCACUGAUUUUAGGAAAAUAAAUCAAAUAUUAACCUUCACACCUUUCAACACAAACCUUCACCACCAAAAAAUACUUUUGACACUUCAUAGGAUUACGAUUACGUUUUCCAUUUUAUUACGGUUUAAAUGAAUAUAUAAAAAUAACAUGAAUACAUAAACAUAUUGACUGCAUUGAAAUCAAACAAAUUUAGCAAUAUAAAAAUUAAAAUGACACGUACAUUUCUUAAUAGCAAGAAUCUGAAGUACAAUAACCCCUUCUGGCCUUUCACGAAUAAUAAGAACCAUCGCCUUUUUUACCACCUGUACGUUUUCAGAAUAUUUCCUUUCAUAACUGAGGUUCAAACGAAACCACAAGAUGAUAGGCCUAA